AUGUUGUUCUCGGCCUUUCCAGCAUUUUUGCUAGCUUCCCUAGCCUCUGUCGCCCGGGCUCAAUACCCGAACCCCGGCGCUUGCUCCGGGGAAUGCUUCACUCACGACCCCGCCGUCGUGAAGCGCGCAGAUGGCAAAUAUUUCCGGUUCUCGACCUUGGACUUGAUCGGCAUCUCGACCGCGGACGAUCUGUCGGGACCUUGGACGCGGAGCGGUAGCGUGAUCCAGGGCGCUAGCGUUAUUAAUAUGCCGGGGAACAAGGAGUUAUGGGCCCCUGAUGUAGUUUAUAUUCGGGGUAUCUACUACUGCUUCUAUUCGGUAUCGACGUCUGGGAGUCAUCAGUCGGCCAUCGGCUACGCAACUUCUACAACCUUGGAAUCCGGGUCUUGGAAAGACCAGGGAAUUGUAGUAACCUCGUCAGACAGCAGCCCGUACAAUGCCAUCGACGGGAAUGUCGUCAACGGCACGGGUCCCAACGAAUGGUAUAUCCAGUGGGGUUCGUAUUGGAAUAACAUCUACCAGGCAAGAGUAGCCAUCGACGGCGAGUACGUCUUCAGGUCGGGUAACGAACACCAGAUCGCGUACGAGCCGUCAGGAAACCACCAGAUGGAGGGCUCUUUCAUCUGGAAACGCGACAACCUCUGGUACCAAUUCCUGAGCAAAGGUAUCUGUUGCGUUUACCACCCGGACACAGACCCGAUCGACCAGGUAUAUCAUAUUACCGUCUGUCGAAGCGACAACCCGGCCGGUCCCUAUGUAGAUAAAGACGGCCGCGCCUGUACUAACGGUGGUGGGACAACUGUACUCGCUAGCCACGGAAAUAUAUACGCUCCGGGUGGACAGGGAGUUUUCCACGACGACGCACAUGGAGACGUUCUCUACUACCACUAUUUGGAUCUCAACGUUGGUGUAGAUUAUCCUCAGUCUAAAUUUGGAUGGAAUGUUAUAAAUUGGGUUGACGGAUGGCCAACAGUUGUAUAA